UCCUGUUCCCAACCACGUGGGCAGCGGGAUGGCGGGCGGCGCGGCGGGCGAGGCGCAGUGCCUCAGCUACACGGGAUGCAACUUCCUGCGGCAGCGCCUGGUGCUGGCCACGCUCAGCGGGCGCCCGCUGAAGAUCCGCAAGAUCCGUGCCAAGGAGGAGGAUCCCGGCCUCCGCGAUUUUGAAGCAAGUUUUAUUCGCCUGAUUGACAAAGUGACCAAUGGCUCACGGAUUGAAAUAAACCAAACAGGUACUACCUUGUAUUAUCAGCCUGGUCUUCUGUACGGAGGCUCAUUGGAACAUGACUGCAGCCCCAGCCGUGGUAUUGGCUACUACUUGGAAAGUCUGCUCUGCUUGGCACCUUUCAUGAAGCAUCCCUUGAAGAUUGUCUUGAGGGGAGUAACAAAUGAUCAGGUAGAUCCUUCGGUUGAUGUCCUUAAGGCAACAGCUCUACCCCUUCUGAGGAAGUUUGGAAUUGAUGGUGAAAGUCUGGAAAUCAAGAUCAACCGAAGAGGAAUGCCUCCCAAAGGGGGUGGAGAGAUACUGUUUUCUUGCCCAGUGAGAAAGGUCUUGCAGCCUGUUCAGUUCACAGACCCUGGAAAAAUCAAGCGCAUCAGAGGAACUGCAUACUCUGUCCGAGUGUCACCACAGAUGGCAAACAGAAUGGUGGAAUCUGCAAGGGGCAUCCUGAAUAAAUUCCUCCCAGACAUCUAUAUCUACACAGACCAUAUGAAGGGGGUCAGCUCUGGAAAAUCACCAGGUUUUGGCAUGUGCCUUACUGCAGAAACCAUCAACGGCACUAUUCUCAGUGCUGAGCUAGCCUCAAACCCUCAGGGCCAGGGAGCAGCUAUACUUCCUGAGGAACUGGGCCAGAAUUGUGCUAAGCUGCUGCUUGAGGAGGUCUACAGAGGAGGCUGUGUGGAUUCAACAAAUCAGAGCCUUGCUCUGCUCCUUAUGACCCUUGGACAGCGGGACGUUUCCAAAGUCCUGUUGGGACCUCUGUCUCCAUACACAAUUGAGUUUCUGCGACACCUCAGAAGCUUCUUCCAGAUCAUGUUUAAAAUUGAAACAAAGACCUCUGAGGAAGAGCACAUGGGCGGGGAGAAAGUCUUAAUGACAUGUGUUGGCAUUGGAUUUUGCAACCUCAGUAAAACUAUAAGAUAAAAAACAUCUACAGACUCCAUGAAAGACAGAAAAUGCUGCAAAGAUCUAAUAAACCAUUCCUGUCUCUGUACUUACUCUGGCGUAGGGAGACCUGUGAUGAUUCCAGUGCGGGAUUACCCAAACUCACUGCAUGUAAACAAUAAAGCUGACUUCAGACUAUUUAGAUCUGUGCUAUUUAUAAAUGCAAUGCCAGUAUUCUGUGCUGCUUGGAGUGGCUCUCUGGAGUCUCAGCUGACUUGGGACUCUGCACUGUAUUCCGCUGAAUGGGACACAAGUGCCUCAUGUCACUGUGCUCUCAGGCCUUAAUGAGGUGAGUGCUCUGGUUUUCUGUAUUUACUGAUUUCACUCGUAGCUUUUUCUGAAAGAGAAAGAGAUAGAUAGAAAGGGAAAACAAAAACAAGCUUUGCAUUGCGAAACAGAUGAUCCUAAUGGAAAAAUAUUAGAUUAUUGAGGUAAUUGCAGAGAUAAUAUUGGCAUGAAAAUUAAAGGUAUGACAGCAAUUCUUUGUUUA